UCCCGAGUCACCCAUUCUCCUAUUCCGAAUCCCAUCGCCUCCUGUUACUGCCCGUAACCGCCCCCGGCGCCGGCCACUAUGAAGUACAACCCGCGCGUGUCGAGCUCCCGGAGGAAGUGCCGGAAGGCGCACUUCACAGCGCCGUCGAGCGUUCGGCGGGUGCUGAUGAGCGCGCCGCUGUCGGCCGACCUCCGGAACAAGUACAACGUGCGGUCGGUGCCGGUGCGCAAAGACGAUGAGGUGCAGGUGGUGCGCGGAACCUACAAGGGCCGCGAGGGCAAGGUCGUACAGGUCUACCGACGGAAGUGGGUCAUCCACGUCGAGCGUAUCACCCGCGAGAAGGUGAAUGGCUCCACCGUCAACGUCGGCGUCAACCCGUCCAAGGUCGUCAUCACAAAGCUUAAGCUCGACAAGGACCGCAAGGCCCUCCUCGAUCGCAAGGCCCGUGGACGCGCCGCGGACAAGGCCAAGGGCAAGUUCUCUGCGGACGAGGUCGCCGCCGCCGCCGCCGCCGCCGCCGCCACUGCCGGUGCGCCCUCUCUCCAAGAAAUCGACUGAUCUCUCCGAUCAUCUGUCAGAGCCACUCUUAGCUUUCGUUGAUUCGUUGGAGAUCUUCAGGAUUUUGAUUUUGGGAGGAACAAGUUUCGUACCGUGUAUCGUUUCUGCCCGAAGAUGGGAUUAAGCUAAUGCUUUGCAAUUAUGGAUUUUACUGUAGGAUUAAUUCCCAUUUUAAUGUGUCAUUUUCUCUCGUCA